CCCUCUCCCUCUCUCUCGCCGCUGCCCGGGACCGGACAGGAGCGCUACACCGAGUCCCGAGCGGGAUCUCCUUCCGCCCAGCUUCAGCGCGCGCGGGCCAGCUCGAUCGCCGCAGCCGCCGCCGCCUCGCUCGAGCCCGGCCGGUCGAUGGGGAGGGCACCGUGCUGCGAGAAGGAGGGGCUGCGGCGGGGCGCGUGGAGCCCCGAGGAGGACCAGCGGCUGGCGGCCUACAUCCGGCAGCACGGCCACCCCAACUGGCGCGCGCUGCCGCGGCAGGCCGGGCUGCUCCGCUGCGGCAAGAGCUGCCGCCUCCGCUGGAUCAACUACCUCCGCCCGGACAUCAAGCGCGGCAACUUCUCCGCCGACGAGGAGGCCCUCAUCGUCCGCCUCCACUGCGAGCUCGGCAACAGGUGGUCCGCGAUCGCGGCGCAGCUGCCGGGGCGCACCGACAACGAGAUCAAGAACGUGUGGCACACCCACAUCAAGAAGCGUCUGGAGGAGGACCCGGAGGGCGGCGCCUCCGCCGGCGGCCGGCAGAAGAAGCAGAAGGCGCGCAAGAGCAAGCCCGCCGCGCCCAAGAAUAAGAAGCAGGCCGCCGCCGCCGACAACAGCGAGACGUUCAUGACGGCGUCGCCGGGGCUGUCGAGCAGCGUGAGCAGCGGCGUCACGACGUUCUCCACGGCGGCCGAGUCCACUGCAGCGGUGUCGUCGGGCGACACCGCGGCCACCACCAGCGCGAGCCCCCAGACCGGGGCCGCCAAGGCGGAUACGGAGAUGGAGAGCUUCAGCUCGGCGGAGUUCCCGCCCAUCGACGAGAGCUUCUGGUCGUCGCCGGACGUGGUGGACAUGGGCCUCGGCGCCAUGGACGAGGAGCUGGGCCUCGCGGGCCCGCCGUCGGCGGCCACGAGGGACGAGGACAUGGAGUUCUGGCUCAAGAUGCUGCUCGAGUCCGGCGACAUGAGGGACCUCAGCGUCUUGUAAGUUGUAACACAGUAACAGCAGUUAGUGCAGAACCCGAGCUUAAUUAGCCGCCACCUUGCAAGAUUAGAGCCUCCUAUUUUCUUUUUCUCUCUCUUUCUUUUCUCAAUUAUUACCCUUUUCCCAUUUUCCGCCGAUGAGAAAAUGUUGGGAAAUUCGAUCGGGUGAUUUCACCCUGCUUAGAAAAAAGAAAUACUAGCAACAUUUCGUUUGUUCUUUAGCUGGAGUCCGUCACAAUUAAUCAGAUGCAUGCGGUGCCUGUCCAUCCUGGAAAUGAGAUGGCAACAGCGUGGUUAA